CAGGGGUCCAGAGAGAGGCUGGGGCAGAGGCGGCCGGAGCGGCUGAGGGAGCGCGAGCGGCGCAGGGGGGGCCCUGUCGGCGACAGCGGCGACAGCGGCGACAGGAGCGGCGACAGCGACAGCGGCGGGUCCCAGCGCCUCGCGGCCCGGCGCUUCCCUGCUCCUCUCGGCGCCGGGCGGCCCCGGCCCGCGGCGGCGGCGCUGACAGCCCGCCCGGAGCCCCGGGGGCGGCCGCGGCCACCAUGUCGUCCCCCAGCCCGGGCAAGAGGCGGAUGGACACCGACGUGGUCAAGCUGAUCGAGAGCAAACACGAGGUCACCAUCUUGGGAGGACUCAACGAAUUUGUCGUCAAGUUUUACGGACCACAAGGAACACCGUAUGAAGGUGGAGUAUGGAAAGUUAGAGUCGACCUUCCUGACAAAUACCCCUUCAAAUCCCCGUCUAUAGGAUUCAUGAAUAAAAUCUUCCAUCCCAACAUCGACGAAGCGUCAGGAACUGUAUGUCUAGAUGUAAUCAAUCAAACUUGGACAGCUCUCUACGAUCUCACCAAUAUAUUUGAGUCGUUCCUGCCCCAGCUGCUGGCUUAUCCCAAUCCUAUAGAUCCUCUAAAUGGCGACGCCGCAGCCAUGUACCUCCACCGACCAGAAGAGUACAAACAGAAAAUUAAAGAAUACAUCCAGAAAUAUGCAACAGAAGAAGCACUAAAAGAACAGGAAGAAGGCACCGGGGACAGCUCCUCCGAGAGCUCCAUGUCCGAUUUCUCGGAAGAUGAGGCUCAGGAUAUGGAAUUGUAGUAGAGGAGCCCUCCUGCUUUUCAGAGACACUCUAAUUUCCUAACCAUGAGAAGCAGACUAUAAUAUUCAUAUUUAAACAAAGCAAUUUUUUUUAUUACUAAAACAAGGUUUUUAUGAAUUAUAGCAUUGAUAUAUAUAUAGAUAUAUAUAUAUAUAUCACCCUUUAGAUCUUGAUUUUUUUUUUGUUUGUUUUUUCUCGGUCAUUUCCCCAUUCCCGAGGUGCGUUAGAAUAUUCCCAACAUUCCAUUCUGGUAGCAAUAUGCAACCUGGAUGCAUGCAUUGAGAUAUUUUUAUUUUUAUUUUUUUUUUUUCCAUUUUUGGCUACCAAACAGCUGCCCUGGGAGGGAGGGAAUUAACAAAAUAAAAACAACAUUUAAAAAAAAAAACAAAAACAAAACCACAAAAAUUCAAAUUAAAUUAAAAAAAAAAGGGAUUUGCUGUCGGAUCGAGGUUUCCACCUGGAAUAUUGACCUUACCUCCGAGUUUAAAAACCUUGGGGGGUUUUAGCUGUGUAGGGAUGGAAGGGGCUCCUCCAAAUUGUGUUUGAAAAGAUAAAAAAAAUAAGAUUUAACAACAACAAAAAAAACCAACCCAAAUCCAAAAACGUGGAGCUCCGGAAAACACCGAAACCGGAAACAAAAAAAUCCAAGAAAAAACUCGGAAUUUCUUGCUGUGGACUCCUCCCUGCCCUCCUGAACUUUAGGGACUGACAAGCACUGAUGGAUUUCCCUUUUGGAAAAGCUUUGGAUGUUGUUCCCUUUGCUUGGUCUGGAUUAGGAAUCGUUCCCUUUGCUGGGAGGGAAGAACCACCCGGAACCUUCACGGAGAAAAAUUCUCUUGGAACUGGGAUUAACCCGGAGCACGUGGAAGCGAAACUCUUCCUCUGUCCCCACUUUGGAACCUGCUGCCCUUAAAUGGCUUCGAGUUGGCUUUAUUAUUAUUAUUAUUACUAUUAUUAUUAUUAUUGUUAUUAUUUUUAUUUUUUUUUUCUGUCUUUUUCCCUCCCUAUUUUGCUGGAAAUCUGAUUUAGACACCUGAAAAACACUCGCUGUGUCCUGGGAAUUCCUCUGACCGGAUGGAUUUGCCUUGCCAGAGCUUCAGAUCCACGGAAUUUGGCCAAAAUCCACGAAUCCAUCGGCGCUGGUUUUGAUUUUCCUUUUUUUUUUUCUUUUUUUUGGGGUUUUUUUUGGGUUUUUUUGGUUUUUUGGGGUUUUUUUUUUGGUUUUUCGGGAUUUUUGGGGGUUUUUUAAAUCUUUUCUUUCCUCCUUUUCUGCACCAGCUCGGUUCCCAUCUGCUUGUGUGUGUACAACAGGAUAAAAAUUCCUUAAAAGUUAACAAAUAUGGAAAAAAAAAAAGAAAAAAAAAAUCCACAAAAUUUAAACUGAAUAAUAAAAAAAAAACCAAAAAAAAAAAAGCCUGAAAAAGCACCAAUUAAGGAAACAAAUGAAUUCACUCUUUGGGUUUUUUUUUUUUUUUGUUGGUUGGUUUGGGGUUUUUUUUUUAGGUUUAUUUUCCAGGAUAUUUGAGAAUUGGAAUGUUGGAUUUCUCCUGGUGUUUUACAGCAAGCUGAAAGAAUUUUUUAUUUAAAUUUUUUUUUUUUUUUUUGCUGUUUUUCCUAAAAAUCUGAUGAGUAAAUCUCCUUGGAAUGCCGGGAUACUUGAAUUUGGGAUAAUUGUGCAUUCAAACUGAGAUGGAUUUUUAAAGCUGAAUGUUAUUUGCUGUUUUCUUUGGGGGAUUUUAUUUUUUAUUUUUUUUUUUUCCAAGGGAUUUGAAUAAAAUAUUUUCAUUUUUGCUGCAGGAAAACAACAAAAAAAAAAAACACAACAAAAAUCAACCCACCCUGAGCGACUCUGGAGCAGAGUUUUGAAUGUCAGACUGGCACAUUUAGCAUUUUCUUAGAAUUAUUUGGGGUUUGUUUCCUUUUUCUUUCGAGUUGGGGGUUGGGAAAUUCCAACCCCAUCACAGAUUCAUAAAAAAGCACAAUCAACUCCUUUAAUUUCAUUUUUUUUUGGGGGGAAGGGAGGGUGGGGGAGAAAAAAACUCCAUCAAGUCCCACUUGGCUUUGGCAUGAUUUUUUCCUUAAUAAAAAAAAACCAAAACAAAACAAAAAAACAACAAAAAAAAAAGUGAAUUUCCUUCCCAAUAAUUUCUAUUAAUUAUUAAACCAAAUAAUUUCUCUUCAUUCCGGGUAUCAAUUUUCCCUCUGGUUUUAAUUUUGAUUUUUGAUUUUUAUUCCCAAUCCUUUUCCAGCAGUGAUGUAGGGCUAGUACUGUGCUGAAAUUCUCUAUCUAGCAUUUGUGGCUUGUUGGGAGGGGGUAAUAUUAAUUAUUUAACAUGUAAUGAUGUAAUUAACUCUUUAAUCUAGCACGUUGUUCGCUCAUUAAUUUCGGGGAGGGAGGGGCCACGUUUAAAAUCGCUUUUUUCCUGCUGCCCUGGCAGUUUUGCUUGUGCUAUAAACUUUUAAUUGUAGGUGCUAAUUAGGAGUAGAGUCAAGUGCUGGGUGGUGAUUUCAGUUUAAAAAAAAAAAAAAGCUUCAAAAAACAGAAAAAAAACAACAAAAAAAAAAACCAGAACAAAAAGAUAAAAAACAACAACAAAAAAAAGGCAACCAAAAACAACAAAAAAAAAAUCACAAUAAAAAUUUGUAUUUUUUCAAUAUUGUAUAAAAAUAGUGUUCUAAUUCCCUCACCCCUUCUUUUUCCCUUGUAGGGAUUUUUUUUUUUAAUCUCCUUCACGUGGAUUUAGGGAAUCCAAAUGCUGGAUGGGGAACUCUAAACUGGAAUUCCCAAAAAAAACCAAAAAAAACAAAAUUUGGGAAAGUGCAGCUGGCUGGGAAUGGAUUCGUGGAGUUUGUACCGAGCAGAGCCACAAAAAUUCACAUUUCCAGCGUUUCCCAAGCUGUGAGAAAUCCCAGGAUUUUUCCUGGCAGGAAAAUCCGGCUGCCAGGAUCGUCCUGGGUGAGAUUUGGGCUCUGCUCCUGUCCCACCCCCUCCUACAUUUUAUUUUUCACACCCCAAAUCUCCUUUUUUCUCCCAAAAAAUCUUUCCCCCAUCUCCACAAAAAAAAAAAUGUAAAAAUUCCCCAAUAAUCUGGAUGAAAAGGUGGAGCAAGAGAGAUUUUUUUGGAUAAUUUUCAGCUUUAUUUUAAUUUUAAUUUAAAUUUUAUUUUAAUUUUAUUUCAAUUUUAAUUUCAAUUUUAAUUUUAAUUUCAGUUUUAAUUUUAAUUUCAAUUUAAAUUUCAAUUUUAAUUUCAAUUUUAAUUUUUAAUUUAAAUUUAGUUUUAAUUUUAGGAAUUUUUCUUCUUUCCCUUUGGGAAUUCCAGGAAUUCUCUGCCAAACUUUGCUUUUGGAGCUGCUUUGGGAAGAAAUUUUGCCUCCUCCCCCUGAUCCUUUUUCCCCUUAAGGAAAAUCGAGUCCCUCUCCCAGUUUUCCCAAGCCAGGUUUGGGAUCUGAAUUUGGGAUUUUUGGGAAUUUUGGAUGCUCUUCCUCACCCUGAACCCUCAACCGCGCCACAUCCCCUUCCCUCCUCCCCCCGCCUACGAGAUAUUUGACAAUUCUCCAUUUUUAAAAUCGAAAAUUUAAAAUAAAAUUGAUUUUUUAUCCUUUUC